AUGCUGGUCACCCCCACCGGGCUGCAGCCUGGUCAAAGCGAUCCGGCUCCAACAAGAAAACUCCCUUGGUCACUUACCGACGACGACAUGUUCCUACUCCGAAGCACACCUUUAACUUUCUUCACCGCGGUAAUCGAUGAAAUCAGGAAGUCAUUGAGAAUUCUCGGGGUUGCUACGCUCCCUCGGGUCCGCGACUUGUGCACGCACAAAAUAAUAGGCGGUUCUAAACUAUUAUCUAGCUUUUCUUGCAGCAUUGUUAAGCUCCUCGGAACAAGGCCGAGCCGUGACAUGACCGUCUCCCUUCUUCUACACUACUACGUAGGAGUGGCAAAUGUCAUUCGAGAUACGCUCUCUCGGCUGAUGAAGGGUUUGCUGGAGAGGGUGGAUCCGAUUUUGGAAAUGGCACUUACUAUUCCACGGGUGUCUCGAGCUCUGACGAGGGGGUGGCUAGGGCUAGGGAAAAAGAACCAAGACCAUCAGAUAUGGCUAAUUGUUCGUCUCCUCACUACCUUCAGCCUUCUCGUUCUCUACGUCCUACCAGACAUCUUCCAAGCAUGGUUCAAGAAACGCUUCAAAAGCGUAUCCGUCUCAAUGCCGUGGAGCAUCCCUCCCGCACUGUUGGUGCUCUGGAGCGUGGUAUGGAUGUUCUACGACCGCCCUCCCACCGAGGACUUUCAGUUGGACGAUUUCGAUUUUUUCCAUGGCAGCUACUAUGACGAUCUUCCUGGAGUGAACUUCGACGACGCCAGUCUCUCUUUGCCGGAAACAAUAUUGGCUCCUGCUACAUCGCCUGUAGCCUUCCUAGCGGCUCCCGAUGUUCACCAUAUGACGCAGGAUCCUCUACCUCAACUAGUAGCGGUACAAAAUAACAUCGUCCCACUGAUAGAGACCUAUGGGAACGGUCAAAGGUCUCCGGAUAACCCUCCCAGCCAAUAUAUACCGAGAAGAACCAAUACCGAGCAUACGCCAACGCCCCAAAGAAACAGUCCCAAAGGCGCCGGAGCAUUCACCUGUGCCAGCUGCAAAACCUCCUUCACCCGCAAAGAUAACCUUGAUCGACACGUUAACAAAAAGACAUGCCGGCCCCGAGCCGAAUCGCAAGUCGUCGCUCAAAGCCCGGCAACCGAACCGGGCACUCCACCUUUCUCCGAAAGUCGGGGGAAUAGUAGAGGUGUUAAGAGAGCGCGGGAGGGAACUCCUGUCGAAGAAGAGGGGGGAUCGGUGGAUAAGGAAUUGAAAAAGCUGAGGAAGAUGCUGGAUGAGGAGAGGGCGGGGCGGAGGAGGGCCGAGGAACAGGUCGAUAAGUUGUUGGACAUAAUCAAGGACUUAUCAAAGGAGAGGAAGUAG